AUCAUUCAUCUGCUCUGGUUGUCACUGCAAGAGAAGACGAAGACGAGAAGGUAGAGAGAGAAAAUGGGGGCAGCCAUAGAAGUCAAGCCAGUUAUCAAAGUCGCGGCUUUGUGCGGUUCCCUUCGCAAAGCUUCCUUCAAUCGCGGCCUCAUCCGUUCUGCGAUCAAGAUUUCCAAGGAAGCGAUCAAUGGUAUGGAGAUAGAGUAUGUGGACAUCGCGCCGCUGCCGAUGCUCAACACGGAUCUCGAGGUCGACGGAACGUAUCCGCCUGCUGUGGAAGCUUUUCGCCAGAAGAUUCUCGAAGCCGACAGUAUUCUCUUUGCUUCGCCGGAGUACAAUUACUCUGUCACUGCUCCUCUGAAGAAUGCAAUUGAUUGGGCCUCUAGACCACCAAAUGUAUGGGCUGACAAGCCUGCUGCAAUCAUUAGCACAGGAGGGGGUUUUGGAGGGGGAUUAUCGCAAUAUCAUCUCCGCCAGAUCGGUGUUUAUAUUGAUCUCCAUUUCAUCAAUAAGCCCGAGUUCUUCUUGAAAGCAUUCCAACCUCCAGCAAAGUUCGAUGGUGAAGGCAACUUGAUCGAUGAAGACGCCAAGGAGAGGAUAAAGGAGGUUAUUCUAUCCUUGCAAGCAUUUACUAGGCGACUCCAAGGUAAGUAAACAAACGAAUGGGCUUUUGUGCUUCAAACCAUGCCAUGUUUUGAUUAUCCUGUUCAAAUCGGUUAUGAUGUAGGAGAAUAAAUCUUUAAAUUGUCUGUAACAUUUUAGCUUGGAAUUGAGACAUCACCUUUUACUCUCAAUCUCACUAGAAGAUCUUAUUGAUCUUCCUGGUUUUUUUUUUU